UUGUGAGAGGCUGAGCUCUCUUCCUGGUCCUGCUGUCCACGGUGCGCCCGCCCUGACAUCAACUUCCAAGGAGGAGCAGCUCGUCGGUUCGCGUGCGCUACUGCGGUACUGCAACCCCUGCUGCUAUGUGACUCCAUCGGGGGAACUUGGUUUGAAUUAGCGGUCCGGUUAUACCAAGGAUAGGGUUCUGGUGCACCGUAGGUCAUUGGAAGUGAAACGAGAGGUGCAGAUAGGGUGUGAGGGUCUUCGACAGUGGAGCGUGGCAGCAGGAGGGGGCUUUCUCUCGUUCCUAUCAGAUCUGUCUACAACCGGGGUCUGGCGUAGAAUAUGGCGGAACAUCACUCUGUUUCCGAUAGCAAGCAUAAAGCUUCUGCUGCGAAUAUCGGAGCUUCUCUCUCUGGGAAUGGACGGACCAGUCCAGCGGGGACCGUCGGUAGUAGUCCUACGGGGGCUCUCUCCACCGGGAUAGCUCAGCCGGCAGGGUGGCAGUCCUUACUUUCGUUUACCAUCCUGUUUCUGGCCUGGCUUGCUGGUUUCAGUGCCAGGCUUUUCGCUGUCAUCCGAUUUGAGAGCAUCAUCCACGAGUUUGACCCAUGGUUCAACUACAGAUCUACUCACCAUCUGACCAUCAACGGCUUCUACGACUUCCUCAACUGGUUCGAUGACAGGGCCUGGUACCCACUGGGCAGGAUAGUGGGGGGCACGGUUUACCCAGGUCUGAUGGUAACAGCUGGUCUCAUCCACUAUGUUCUAAACCUGCUCCACAUCACGGUGCACAUCAGAGACGUGUGUGUGUUCCUGGCGCCCGUCUUCAGCGGCCUCACGUCCAUCUCCACCUUCCUGCUGACCCGCGAGCUCUGGAACCAGGGGGCAGGGCUUCUGGCGGCGUGCUUCAUCGCUAUUGUCCCCGGUUACAUCUCCCGCUCUGUGGCGGGCUCCUUCGACAAUGAGGGCAUCGCCAUCUUUGCCCUACAGUUUACCUACUAUCUAUGGGUGAAAUCAGUGAAGACUGGGUCAGUGUUCUGGGCCAUAGGCUGCUGCCUCUCAUACUUCUACAUGGUGUCUGCAUGGGGAGGCUACGUCUUCAUCAUCAACCUGAUUCCUCUCCAUGUGUUUGUCCUGCUGUUAAUGCAGCGAUACAGCAGACGAGUCUACAUCG